ACUUACCUUCAGCCAACAUCCUCGAGUCCCUUUCAAAAAACAACGGAAAUUGGAAAGGACAAGGGCGGAAUAACCCGUAAUAAUGAAAUUAAAGGUCAAUAUCGGCUCAGACCCUGGGCACACGCAAAUUGCUUGGGUGAAUCAUGAAGGACGACCUACAGAAGUCGAUGGGCCGUUUUGGGUUGGUAGAAUUCUAGUACGAGUGCGUGACUUUGAUGGAAUCACACCCGAUGGUAGCCCUCCUAAGUCGGAUUCUAUCUAUUUUCGUGGUCGUUCAAGAAAGUUUCAGAUCCAAGCUGAAGGUCGUUUCAAGAAAGAAUACAACGGCAAUCAAGUCAUAUUUGGCACACAAUUUGAUCAUAUGAUUUCUACAUUUCCGGAAAGCGCUUUCCGUGCCGGCAUGCGUAUAGCCAAGUACAUUGACCCGGCUGUUUAUUAUGACAAGUUUGCAAAAUCACCCUAUAUUAUGUCUCCAUUCGUUGCAUGCGUUAACACGCUAUCUGCUUGGCCCGCGCCCAGCCGUUUGGAUGACGCGGUCAUAUCCUUAGUGGAAGCUGACCCUCAGGAAUCAGAUACAGACUCUUUACCAGAUAUGAGUGAGUCUCUGGAUGAUGAUCUCCAGCCUAGCAUAUCUACGCCCAACAAAUCUCCGGUCGGUAAAUCAAGUUCCACGAGAACCCCUCCUCCCCCCAUAAAGAUCACCGCUACGCAAUCACCCUCUCCUCAUACCAACGUUCCUUCUGGGACAGAUCACGAUAAUUUAAGUAUAGUAUCCUCUGAUUCUGGAAAUACUACGGCUGACCCUAAUAGAAACCGCCAUCGCUAUUGGAGCUUUGCGGGAUUUAACGAUAAUACCAGGUUUUCACAUCUCAAUUCGGCUUCUCACACACCGGAAACCAGUACAUCACGAAAUAAACAGCGAGUUGAAACUGAUCCAUCUCUGGUGGAUUCCAUUGGUUCAUCACUUAUUCGUGUAUCUGGUGAAGAUGCAGAUAACGAUGAUGAUGAACUUAUUCUGCAUCGGCCGAUCACCAAUCGCCACAAAGAUUUUAGCCGUCAUGUCCAGCAGUUGGGUCUGUUGCAUAAACCGAGUUUAGAUGGGGAUGGUUAUGUUAAUGAGUUCUAUGAUAACAAUUCUUUUGACGACGAAAACGAAGAGGACUUACAGCGCUAUUUCACAGCUCUCGAAAUGCAGUCCGAUAAAAAACACUAUAGAAAAUCAAAAAACAAGGAUCCCUUUCAUCGGAUUACGCAUCCAAAUUUACAUAUCGGAAAGAUUUCUACGCCAAAAAUUAUUAAACGGAUGUCUCUCCGUUCGAAAAAAGGACUUAAAAGUCUUAAUCCCGAAUCUUCUUCCCAAACAGAAGCACAACGUACUUCUACGUCUAGUAUGUCUCCCCCGCCUGUUUCUAAAAAUGAAAAGAAGAUGUCUGCACCUCGUCGUUCAUUGGAUAAAUUAAUUCGUAUAGGCUCGUUACAUCGACAUCACCAUCAUCACCACCACAAUCAGGGUCCUGGAUCCAAACCGGAUCAAGUUGAAUCCGACUCUGGCUUUGAUUUAUAUAAGAGUGAAAGCAAGCAUCACCCUGAAUUAUUAUUGCAAAGAAAUUCUAUGUCUACCGAUCGCCCUUCUUCUUCCCAGUCUACUUUGACGUCCCCGGAUGACUCCCUAUCUAACCCCAAAGUAAGUGGUGAGACCGGUUCUUUACCCCCUUUACGCGAGGAUACUUCGCCAGGUGAAAGCAACGGUAUAACUUCCAAUCCGGAUCAUAAGGAAGAGCCUGAUAAGCCCGGGAAAAAUAUGGGAACCCCAUCUCUUGAUAUUUCAUCUCAUAACCCGUCAAAUGAUGAUAGUAACAAAAAACCCGGUGAAGUUGACAACCACUUAACAGUACCAACAAAAUUGGCAAAGCCCAGUCCUUCUCGAACGCAGUCUAGUCAAUCAAAGAUCCCAAAACCUUGUGUACACAUUCCUUCUGAGUCAAACUCUCUUGAUCCUCAGCUUGGUCCUUUUAGAUUUGCCAAUCCGAAAGUCGAUCCAAUUGAAGAUAAUUCUUUCAUUUUUGGUGAGCACAAAUCUGUUAAAGAUAGAAGGAAGUAUUUUUCAAGCUCUACGGAUACUAGAGCUGAUUUCUAUUACGAUAAGGAUGUUGUAUAUUGCAUGAGUUUCUUCUCACCGCAUAUGGAUUUCAACAGAUUCAAUUUGAAUAUUGGACCAAUUAAGCUAAAUGUUUAUAGACAUCUGAAUUCGGAUGGCCAUCAACCUAUUCGAUACAUGAUGCGCGAAACGGAGGACGAACAUGCAAUUAUGUUCGUUGUGGAAUUUGAUUUGGUUGAGGAAGACGAUGAGGCUGUUUUAUUGGAACAAGCUAAUGAACGUGAACGGAGAAAACAUUAGCAAAGAUGGUCAAGUAUUUAAUGGCUAAAACUUAUGGAUGUUAUUUAUUAUUAAUGAUUUUUCUUUCUAUAACUAAUUUAUGUGGACAAACGCAGUCAUUUCCUUCGUCACAACAAUAAUAGCCUUUCGUUUUCAUAUGAAUGUCGUCGUUCUCUCUUCCUCUAAUAAGCUAGUGUUUUUUUGGACUCAUGCAUAGUGCGAUAAAUCAAUCAAUUAAGGUUUUGCCCAUUCUAUCUGUCAUGGAAUAUAUAUUCGACAGUGGUAGGUUCCCUUAUAUAUUUCACCUUACUGAAGCUUUUAAGUUUAUAUUCUCAGUUUCGUCAGCUUAUAAUCUAUAACAGCUACGUUUUCGGUCAGACGACUGUAAUAGCUCGCAUUUUCUAUUCAGUAUACAUUCCAUAAAUUCAAUAAUUUGGACGCAGACGCGUUUAUAAUUUUAUGUUUUUGCUUCGUACUCAAUGUCAAGAUCGGUUUAUUCCACGUAAGAUGAAGCAAUUAUAUAUUUGGAACACUGAAAAUUUAUACUGACUAGAAUUGUUAAGUUCCAAUCUGACAACUGGCGAUUUAUAUAAAAACUUAAUGAUUAAGAAAAUUUUGUUUCUUUUAUUUCCAAUAUGAUCCUAAUUUAAUUAAAUUUUUUACACAUCAUACAAGCUGAAUAUCAGGUCAUAAAAAAUGCCAAUUUUUAACUGACUUGAAUAGUUAAUAAAUUGAUUCUAAACUUCUAGAACAAAAACAAUUAAAACCGUCAGUCUAUAAAAUAAUAAUACCGUUAUCCCACA